AUGGAAGAUAGUGCAACGCAGCGCUCUCGAACUGUGUACCAUUCUCCUUUCACUCUUGAACUGUGGUGUGUACUGUUCUCCUUCAACUCAACCCUAACCAUGGGAUUAACUGCAUUUUGAGCUAAUUUCAGAACCCAUAGCCCAGCACACACCAUUUUUUAGAAUCUCAUGUGGGUUUUCUUCAUAACUCCAUAACAUGCAGCCUCAAUAUGUAGAGAAGCUUUACCUUUUGCUUUGGCUUAUGCCCUUUAUUUCCGUCAUUCCCCGCGUUCAAUCAGAUCUGAGCUCUGAUAGAGCUUCCCUUCUAGCUCUUCGUACAGCUGUGGGUGGCCGAACCACUGAGCUGUGGAAUGCAACUGAUGAAAGCCCCUGCUCCUGGACUGGGGUAAAGUGCGAGGGAAGCCGCGUUACUGUGCUCCGUUUACCGGGGUUUUCUCUCUCGGGCCAAUUACCCGCUGGAAUUUUUGGAAAUUUGACCAAUCUUCGCACUCUGAGUCUUAGACUCAACGCAUUGACCGGUCAGCUGCCUUCAGAUCUCGCUGCAUGUACUAGUCUUCGCAACCUCUACUUGCAGGGCAAUAGAUUUUCUGGUCACAUUCCCGAGUUUGUUUUCCAAUUUCUUGACCUUGUACGCCUUAAUCUGGCUUCCAACAACUUCUCUGGCGUCCUUGCUCCGGGUUUCGACAGACUCCUGCGGUUGAAGACCCUGUUCCUUGAGAAAAAUCGGCUUAUUGGCUCAAUACCGGAUUUAAACCUCCCCAACCUCGAGCAGUUCAAUGUUACCGACAACUUUCUCAAUGGCUCGGUUCCCCGUCGUUUGCAGUCAUUUCCCUCUACUGCUUUCAGUGGUAACCAACUUUGCGGGCGUCCCCUUCAGGCUUGCUCUACAAAUGUUAUAGCACCACUCACCGUGGAUAUUGAUGUUGACGAGAACAAGAGAAAUAAAAAGCUAUCUGGGGGAGCCGUGGGUGGGAUCGUGAUGGGGUCUGUGUUGAGUUUCAUUUUGUUUUGUAUGAUUUUGAUGUUUUCUUGCCGGAAGAAGAGCAGCCAGAAGACGAGUACUGUGGACAUCGCAACCCUUGAGAAGCCGGCUUGCGAAGAGAAUGGUAGGAGUUCUGAAACUGGCCACUCUGCAGCGGUAGCAGCUACUACAAUGGUUCAGAGAAGGAAAGGCGAAGUAAUUGAUAACACUGCUGGUGCAAACAAGUUGGUAUUCUUCGGUAAUGCAGCAAGGGUGUUUGAUUUGGAGGAUUUGUUGAGGGCUUCAGCAGAAGUGUUGGGUAAGGGAACCUUUGGAACAGCUUACAAAGCAGUCCUGGAGAUUGGGCCUGUCGUGGCUGUAAAGAGAUUGAAGGAUGUGAACAUUUCUGCGACAGAAUUCAGGGAGAAAAUUGAUGCAGUGGGAGCCAUGGAUCAUGAAAAUUUGGUUCCUCUUAGAGCUUAUUAUUACAGCGUUGACGAGAAGCUUCUGGUCCAUGAUUACAUGCCUAUGGGAAGCUUAUCUGCUCUUCUCCAUGGUAACAAAGGAGCUGGUAAGACUCCACUGAACUGGGAUAUAAGGUCUGAAAUUGCAUAUGGGGUUGCCCGUGGCAUCAAGUACUUGCAUUCUCAAGGCCCAGAUGUUUCCCAUGGGAACAUAAAGUCAUCCAACGUUUUGCUCACAAAAUCCUACAAUGCCCGAGUCUCUGAUUUUGGCCUAGCGCAAUUGGUUGGCCCACCCUCCAGUCCUAACAGAGUUGCGGGCUAUCGUGCACCGGAGGUGACAGAUCCUCGGAAGGUAUCGCAAAAGGCAGAUGUAUAUAGCUUUGGCGUCUUGCUGCUGGAGCUUUUGACGGGAAAAGCUCCCAGUCAUGCAGUUUUGAAUGAGGAAGGGGUGGACCUACCAAGAUGGGUGCAAUCAGUGGUACAAGAGGAGUGGAGGUCGGAAGUUUUCGAUGUUGAACUGCUGAGUGUUGAGGAGGAGAUGGUUCAAAUGUUAGAGCUCGCUCUGGACUGUGCGGCACGGUAUCCAGAUAGACGGCCUUCAAUGUAUGAAGUGACGAGUCGCAUUGAGGGGUUAUGCCCUUCCUCCCAUUCUAAUCCCCAGCAACACGACGUUGACGAGUCAUUUGGUCCCUAGUUUAGUUUUUGCCGUGGUUUUACCUUUUUCUUUCCAAAUGUUAGAUCCCUUUGGCCAAUUUUUCGUUGUAGUAGCUGAUUAACUAGUCAUCCUUGUAAUUUGCGUGCAUGUGCUWYUGUGUUGUAUUGUUUUGUAGGGUGAUGGCGAUGUGAUUGUGAUAGUUAAGGUUAUUGUGUAAUUAGAAUGUAGUACUGCAUCUGCCCUUUCAUUCGCUUCUCACUUAUUUCGUCAACUAACUUGCGAUGCUUUGAUUGAUAUGUGUUGAUUCAAAACACAUCAAAGUGGUGUAUAGUGUACUGUGUA